GGCCGCCUGCGCCGCCUGCUCUGGAUCCUGCUGACCCUCAGCGCCGUGGGGCUCAUCCUCUGGCAGUGCGCCGAGCUGCUCAUGAACUACUACAGCGCCUCGGUCUCCGUCACCGUCCAGUUCCAGAAGCUGCCCUUCCCCGCCGUCACCAUCUGCAACAUCAACCCCUACAAGUACAGCUCCAUGAAAGAAUAUUUAUCUGAAUUGGACAAAGAGACAAAAAAAGCCUUGGAGACUUUCUAUGGAUUUUCCGAGGGCAAGUCCAAGGUGCGGCGGUCAGUGGAUGAGUGGAACAGCACAGGGAGCGACUUAUUCGAGCAGAUCCCUCUGCUGAAGGUCGAGGACUUCUUCAGGACAGCAACUGACCUGCACACUGGGCAGAAGAGGAAGAUAGAGGGAAGUGUCUUUCACAAGGACUCAUCCAUCGUGAACUCUGGUGAUUCCAAUGACAUCAUUGGCUUUCAGCUGUGCGACACGAACAACAGCAGUCAGUGUGCACUGUACACCUUCAGUUCGGGUGUCAACGCCAUCCAGGAGUGGUACAAGCUGCAUUACAUGAACAUCAUGGCACAAAUUCCCCUGGAGACUAAAGAAAAAUUGAGUUAUUCUGCUGAUGACCUUCUCUUGACAUGUUUUUUUGAUGGCCUAUCUUGUGACAAAAGGCACUUCACUCGUUUCCAUCACCCUCUCCAUGGCAACUGCUACACCUUCAACAGCGGUGAGAACGGCACCGUCCUGAGCACCUCCACGGGCGGCAGCGAGUACGGAUUGCAGGUGGUUCUGUACAUCGACGAAGCAGACUACAACCCCUUCCUGGUGACAUCCACAGGAGCCAAGAUCAUUGUCCACGACCAGAACGAGUAUCCCUUCAUUGAAGACAUCGGCACGGAAAUUGAGACUGCAGCAGCCACCUCCAUAGGGAUGCACUUUACUCGGUCUCGCAAGCUGAGCAAACCCUAUAGUGACUGCACGGAGACAGGAGAUGACAUACCUGUAGAAAAUCUCUAUAACAAGAGCUACUCACUCCAGAUCUGCCUCCACUCCUGCUUCCAGAAGGCCAUGGUGGACUCGUGUGGCUGCGCCCAGUACGCGCAGCCCUUACCCGCAGGGGCUGAGUACUGCAACUACAAGAAGAACCCAAACUGGAUGUACUGCUACUACAGACUGCACGAGAAGUUCGUGAAGGAGCAGCUGGGCUGCCAGCAGAUCUGCAAAGACGCCUGCAGCUUCAAGGAGUGGGCACUCACCACCAGCAUUGCCCAGUGGCCAUCCACCGUGUCAGAGGACUGGAUGCUUCGAGUUCUCUCUUGGGACAAAGGGCAAAAACUCAACAAGAAGCUGAACAAGACGGACCUUGCCAACCUCAUGGUGUUUUACAAGGACCUGAACGAGAGGUUCAUUUCAGAGAAUCCUGCCAACACUCUCGUGAUUCUCCUGUCCAACUUUGGUGGCCAGCUGGGCCUCUGGAUGAGCUGCUCUGUCGUCUGCGUCAUCGAGAUCGUUGAGGUCUUCUUCAUCGACUCGCUCUCCAUCGUCAUGCGGCGCCAGUGGGGGAAGCCUCCCCAGGCCAGGGACGUGGAAAGACAUGGCCACGACAACCCUGUCUGCAUCGACGAGGACCUGCCCACCUUCAACACGGCCCUGCGCCUGCCGCUGCCCCAGGACAGCCCCCUGCCCAGGACUCCCCCCCCCAACUACAGCACUUUGCGGCACGCCUUCACAGAGCAGCUGCCCGACACGCUGGAGCUCGGCCAGCACUGA